GUUUCGCAUUCCCCUUUCUUAACUUUCUUCUCUAAAAAAGUAAAAAUGGUGGCAGCAUCAACCAAGAACAUCCACCGCCUCAAGUCCAGCAUGAGACUGUCAUCCGUCGUCCCAGGAACGGUGACCGGUCGGAAGGUCCAUGAGCUGACCAACGUGGACUUGGCUAUGAAGCUACACUACAUCAAAGGGGUCUACUUUUUCAACAGUGAUGCAGUCGAGGGGCUUACGGUGUUUGACUUGAAGAAGCCUAUGUUCAUCCAUUUGCUCCCACUCUACUUCGUUGCCUCCGGGAGAAUCCGAAGAUCUGAAACCGGCCGGCCUUUCAUCACGUGUAACGACAGCGGUGUGAGAAUUGUGGAGGCUCGUUGUGACGAAACGGUCGAUGAAUGGUUGGCCAUGGCUGUGGAGGAUGAUUCUACUUUUGAUGAUCUCGCUUAUAAUCAAGCACUUGGUGAAACUGGUCUUGAUUCCUCUCCUUUGGUCUUUAUACAGUUCACUUGGUUCAAAUGUGGAGGAAUGUCAGUAGGAAUUAGCUGGGCAAAUGUUCUUGGAGAUGCAUUUUCAGCCUCAACCUUCAUCAACCAUUGGGGGAAGGCCAUGGCAGGUCUUGUGCCACACAAUCUGCAUGAACCAGACCGACCUGCAAAAUCUGAGCCCCCACUUUCAGUACUUCCCAAUCUAAUACCAGAUUCUGUGAAAAGGGUUGAUUCGGUUGGCGAUUUAUGGUUCACACCCAACAACUGCAAGAUGAAGACACAUACUUUUCAUGUUCAGGCAGAGAAAAUUAACCAUUUUCUCUCAAACCAAAGAUCCAAGGUCUCAGCUUUUGAAGUACUCUCUGCAAUCAUGUGGAGAGCUCUGUCCAAGAUUAAGGAAGACCCAAAAGAGACAAGGAUGGUGACGCUUUGUUCAAACAAAUCCCGUGAAAGAGAAUUUGAGUUUCCAAGUAAUGGGAUGGUGUGGGGCACAGUUAAAGCAGAUUUCUGGGUUGCAGAAGCUGAGGUCUCAGAACUGGUGGAGCUUAUUUUGAACAAAAGGGAAGAUGAGAAUUGCAUGAUUGAAGAGAUGAUGGGGAAUAAUGAGACUGCGGAAAAAUCUUCAGACUUCAUAGUAUAUGGGGCAAAAUUAACAUUUGUGAAUUUGGAAGAAGUAGAGAUUUAUGGGCUUGAAUUGAAGGGGCAAAAGCCAGUUUAUGCAAAUUAUUCCAUUGAUGGGGUUGGUGAUGAAGGAGUUGUCUUGGUGCUUCCAGGGCCAGAAUGUGGUAAGGAGGGAGAUGGUGUUAAUGGUGAUCGAUCUGUGACUGUGGUUAUGCCUGAAAAUCAACUGGCACAGUUGAAAGUUGAACUCAAAAGGAAUUGGAGUAUUGCUUGAGAUUGAUCUAAUAAUAUGAUACUAUAGAUUCGUCAAGUACAUGCUGAUAUGAAACUUACAUGACCGAAAAAAAUCAAAUAAUAGAGAAGACGUCAUGUGGCUUGAGAUUUAGACCCCAUGGCCUAAUGUUAGGCAAUCAGGGAUUGCUCUUACAGGUUUUGACUAGAAAAACCCUCGAAAUCAGGGAUUGCUCUAUCAUUAGGCAAUUUUUAAUAUUGUUUGGAUUCAGCUCAAUAUAGUCUCAUU